GAGUCUUUCCUCCCCAAUUCCAUUUGCUUCAUUGAAUUCGCAGAAGCAAUGCUCAGCUUAGCUAAAUUUUUGUAGAAAUCCAUUGCUGUUUUGCUUCAGACAACCAUGGAAACUAGUUCAGUUCUCCUCCACUCUAGGACUCUCCCUUUCGGUUUCACCUUCGCAAACAACAAAGUCUCUCUCAGACAUUUGGACAAACACUUGCCAAUCAGCAGUUCUCAGCGCCACCAAAGCCUUAAACCCAUCAAAUCCCCGUUGCAUUGCUCUUUUAAAGCAAGCCCAUUGUCACUAUCUUUAACAAGAACAAGAACACAUUUCUUACCUUCUCUCAAAUGUUCGUACUCCAGCACCACCAGCUCGGAUUCGGUCAACCCAUUGCUAAAAUCCCUCAAAAACCUCUCACUUGAUUCGUUGAAGAAAAGCCUUUCUCAGUUAACUCCUAUUGAUAUUGUCAAGUUGUCUGGGGUCUUAUCCAUCGCUAUUGCGGCAACAAAAUGGACUGUGAAUUUGCUCUUCAACCCUUUCUUUUGGAUGUACUUCAGCUGGACUUGGUUGUUCUGGCCGUGGCUCGUUGCGAUAUCGUUUGCAAUUUACGGCUUAUAUUGCCUUCGCAAGAAUAUAUUUGGUGAAGCUAACAUCUUUGAGCAACUUGCCGUUGUUACUUCAGUAUUCACUUGGCUCACUCUUGUGCCGCCCGCCCAUUUCAAUGGCUAUCUUGAAGGUUGGCCUUUCGUGUUCUUCUUCGUGUACCAUUAUUUCUUUUUCUUCAAUGUUACUGUAAGGAAACGGUUAUAUGGGGAUUACUAUGCUCGCCCGCAUGACCCCAAGUGGGAGGUGAACCUGCCCAGGUGGCGUCGCCUUUUGUUCUGUGUGGGAGUCAUGGCUGGGCACUGGUUGGCCGCAUUUGAAGGGCCAGAGCUGCACCGCAUUCCGGGCGGGUGGACCAAUGUGGGGGUUUGGAUUUUGAUAAUGGUGACACUGUUGAUGCAGUACAACUCGACGUUGUAUCUUGCAAAGUAUUCGGAAAAGGUGGUCGUGCCUACGGCUGUGGUACAGUUUGGCCCGUAUCGCUGGGUCCGUCAUCCGAUAUACGCGUCUACGAUGCUGCUGUUUGUAACUUACUGUGUUGCACUUCGAGCACCUUUGAGCUCGCUCUUUGUUGCAGCAGUUUGUUUGUUGUACUAUGAGCAGAAGGCAAAACUGGAGGAGGCUUUGAUGGUUGAGACUUUCGGGGAUGGGUAUAAGGAGUAUGCGGCUAAAGUUAGAUGCAAGUUCAUUCCUUUUGUUUAUUAGCUUGUCUACAGGUGUGGAAAUUGGAUUUGGUGUUCCUUUGAUGUGCCUUCUCCAGUUCUCCUCAUGCGUGAUAGACAAGUUUUUUAAAAGCGACUUAAUACUUUGACUUGUUCCCUUUUAUUUUUG